AUGUCAUGGAUAUUAUCAGGGAGGACUAAUUCACUAAAAAGGCUUUUUUUUAUUGGAAACAAUCGGUAUUUUUUAAGGAAAAAUGGGAGAUUAUCUACUUUUCUCAGCAAUUUCUCAAAUGUAGUAUCAAAUAGAAAUGAUUCCACCAUUCAAUUAUCUAGCUCACUAGAUAAAAACAACAAUAACAUACAAGAUUGCCAAAAUAAAUCGCCAAAUGAAUUGUUUGAACCAUAUUGGACUUCAAUAGAUGUGAAUUCAUUUAUAGAAAAGAAUCCAACUUUAGUUACUAAGGGUACCGUGUCCAUACCCGCAUUUAAUACAUCAGAUUCCUACGUUAAAUCGAAUCAAUUCACAAAUAAAAUUUUCGGAUUUAUCGCGAGAAAUAGGGCAUUUCAUGGAGAUGUUGUUGAGGCUAUUAAGAUUAGACGCACUAAGUGUAAAACUAACAUAUCUAAUUUGGACAAUGUGGAUGCAUCAGAAGGCUGCCGUGUCGUUAGGGUAAUUAAGAGGAACCCCCAAAUUUACAAACUAGUAGGUACACUUAAAUAUUCUGAGGCAAACAAUCAGACUCAAACUUGCACAAAUACUAGACAAUUAAGAGUACAACCAAAGGAUCAUAGAUUCCCCGCCUUCAUAAUCCCCGAAGAUACCAUAGAUAUUUCAAUACUUAAUAUGAUACGAGAUGGUUUUUUGAGUAAAAAAUCAUAUAUUUGCACAUUUAUGUUCCAUUCAUGGGAAACGAAUGCUGUUGAACCUACAGCAAAAUUACUGAAUAUCAUAGGUGAAUCUGGAGAUUCUAAGGCGGAGGCGGAUGCUCUAGUCAGUUUUUAUGGUUUUAACCACUUAGAUUUCAACCAAGACAUUAUAGAUGAGUGUAAACAAAUGGAUUCACUCCCAGAUGUUGAACGGGUUGACCUAACUGGUUUAAAUACUUUCUCAAUAGACCCUCCCACGGCCAAAGAUCUAGAUGAUGCAAUAUCUAUUGAAUCUAUAAAAAAUAGCAAAAACAAUUACAGAGUGGGAGUACAUAUUGCUGACGUUAGCCACUAUGUAAAACCACACACACAUAUUGAUAUGGAGGCUAAAAUAAGAGGAACAACUGUAUAUCUUGACCAUUUUGUAUAUCCAAUGUUACCUCGUAAAUUAUCUGAAGACCUAUGUUCAUUACUACCUGGUAUACCUAAAAAAUGUUUUACCGUAGUAUUUGAUGUGAACAUAGAUUGCGGCGAUGUUACAAAUAUUAGAUUUUUUAAGAGUGUCAUUAUAAGCAGAUUCAAGCUCUCUUAUGUUACAGCAGAGAAUAUUAUAAACGAUAAAGAUAUUUCAGACUUAAAUAUACCGAAUGAAAUUAGUAAACGAAUUAAAUUGUUACACAGAGUUUCCAAACUACUUAAGCACAAGAGAAUGGGUAAUAACAAGGGCAUGCAGAUGAACUCAGAUUAUUCUGAACAGUUACAUAUACCUUUGGUGGAUAAUAUGUUUGGAUUUCACGAAUCAAUCGAUUCACAAAAAUGUUAUGAAUCAGGUGAUAAUCAUAUUACCAAAGUUUGUGAUUAUCCUAAACUUGAAAUUCAGCCUUUACAUCCUAAUAGCCAUUCACUAAUUGAAGAGUUGAUGGUUCUCACUAAUCAAUUAGUCGCUGAACACCUACUAAAACAUUACAAAUUGUCACUAUUUCGCAUCCACCAAGACACCAGUGAUGAUGUUAGGAAACAUCUAAUCAAGCAUAUACCUCAAAAUGUUUUAGAAUUUUUGGAUGUAGAUGUUGAAACUGUACCCAUACAAACAUUAUUAAAUAAGUGCAAAGAACACAUAGAUAGCUAUGAAUUUGACUGUCUAAAUUUUAUUGCGCUUCAGAAGUUUAAAGAGGCUUCAUAUAUAGCAUCUGCCAAAUCAGAUUUCGCAUGCACUGAAUCUACCAGCAAUUGUGCCAAUCUAUUGCAAAACAGUUUAAGUGUGGAUAUAUCUCACUGGGGAUUGGGUAUAGAUGCCUAUCUCCACUUUACAUCCCCUAUUAGGAGAUAUGCAGAUAUCAUCACUCAUAGAUUACUGGAAGAUUCACUGUCACCCAAAAAUCUAUAUAACUACGACUGCAAACUAAUAUCAAGUGUUGCUGGAAUUUGUAACAUCAAAAAAAGGUUUGCUUUCGACGCACAAAUUGAGUACCGUAGUCUUAUCCUCAACAAAUAUCUCCAAUGGGCAAAUAACUACUGCAAGCAUAAACUAAUCGAUGGAUUUGUCAAGUGUUACGACUCGGAUGUUUAUGGCUACCACUCAUUAGGCGUGAUCAAAGAUAUAAUAUUACCUUCACUCAUAUAUUGUGAGAUUGAGAAGUUAUGCAAAGUUAAAUUCAGAACAAAACAAUCAGAUAAAACUGCUGUAUGUUUAUAUGUACCAUUUUUGAGACAAAUGAGAUCUUUAAGUUUGGAUACAUUAAACCUUGAAGCAAAAGAGGUUUUUUUUGAAUAUGACAAUAGUUUAUACCGGUUCACCUUUGAAAGCAACAAAUUGGAACAAAAUAACUCUUAUAACAAUAAUAGUGACAUCCGUCCCACUGAAAAUGAUGAUGUUCUUAAUUCAACUAUAAAUGGUGUAUGCGAUAAACAGCAUACAAGUAAAAUUGUAGAUUGCCCAAUAAAAACGACAUCACUACUCUGCAUUGGAAAUAAUGGUAAAAGUUGGAUCUUCAAACCAAUGUCUACAAGUGACAUAGUCCUAGUGGCCGGAUCACAAAUGUGGUCUGUUAGGUUAUACUAG